CUUUAAGUCAUAUAAAUGGCGGAUCUUUCAACGGGUGAAAACAUUUACUUGUAUAAAAAUUUGGAAAAAGGAUUUUUAGGUAAGGGUUCGUUUGGACAGGUUUACCAGUGCUUCGAUGAAAAUAACCACCGAUAUGCCAUCAAACUGUACAAGUUACAAGGAGACAAUCGUGAUAUAGCUAAAGUAAAAAAUGAGAUUAAUAAAGAGGUUAAUUUACUCCAACUGAUGAAGAAGUCUGGAAAUGUCAUCAACGUAUAUAGAUGCGUAAAAUACACGUAUUUUAUAGGCAUAGUUACAGAAUAUAUGCCACAUGGUGAUCUUAACUUCUUAAUGCAACAAAAAGAGCAUUUUAUUCCACUUUCCAUCAGACUUCAAAUCCUCCAUGAUACCGCAAGAGGUCUAGACCAUCUUCAUAGUCUCUCUUUUGACAAAAGAAUAACGCAUAAUGACUUGAAGCCUGCAAACGUACUCCUUGAUGAUAACUUUCAUGCAAAAAUUUGCGAUCUUGGAGGAGCAAAUAUUGCCGAGUACACGUCAGAUACUUUGAGUAUUCAGGAAAGUCACAGUACUGUGCACACCAUUCGUUAUGCCGCCCCGGAAUUUUUGGACGAAGACCGACGAUAUAGAAUGGAUUCUUCUAACAAAAUCCGUCGAACAAGAGGAAUGGAUAUUUACAGCUUUGGAAUGGUGAUAUAUUUUGUUUUAACGAAGAAUCAUCCAUUUUUCAAGUUGCAUGAUAAAGCGGAGAUAAAAAAGUCCAUAAUAAGUGGCACAAAGCCUGAAUUAGAAGUGUCCGACAUAUUUCAACGUGUUCAUGCUGAAGAAGACAAACGUGGACUGAUUGAAAGUUUAGUUGGACUGGCAAAACAGUGUUGGAAACAAGAUGAAAGUGAGCGCCCCGAAAACGCACGCUGGAUCAGGAAAAAUCUUAAGGAACUUUCAAAAUUCAACGUUGAAAAAGAUGUUAAAGAACUGCAAGAAAAAUUCCCAACAGAACAGCAUUCUACAGACGAAAAAAUUCCGUUGGAUGUUAUUCUCAAUCCCUUUAAUAGUAAACUGGGACAAUACAGCCCAGCAAGUAAAAAGAUUCGUGAAGAUGAGAAUGAGAAAGCAUAUGUACAGUAAAUUGUUGAUCAAUUCAUGAUUUUCUUGGACACAUGUUUAUGUCAGAACAUUAUAAAAUAUAUAAAGAUUUUAUGUUAACAGUCAAUUUUAUCUAAGAUCUCUAAUGUAAUUUCUAGGUCUCAUUUGUCGAUUUGAAACAAUACAUACUGCAUUUAUUCUACAGAAGUAGAACAAUAUUAUUUGUUAAUAAUAUGUAUGAUUUCUAAACAAAUUUGUA